CGGCCGAUGGCGGCGGUGACGGCGGAAGAUUAUCGAGCAGAGAUCAUCUAGUAUCUUGGGCGAUGGCGGCGAUGGCGGCGACGGCGGCGGUGGCAGUGGCGGCGGGCGGCACGGAGACGGGGGGAGGCGGUCCCCACACCCACAACCCACUGGCCAGGAAACUGCACAAGAUCCUGGAGACGCGGCUGGACAGCGACAAGGACAUGCUGGAGGCUCUUAAAGCCUUGUCCGUGUUCUUCACCGAAAAUAGCCUUCGUACCCGAAGAAACUUGCGAGGUGAUAUAGAGAGACGUAGCCUGUUCAUUAAUGAGGAAUUUGUACGUGUGUUCAAAGAAGUCAAAGAGGAUCUGGAGAGUGUUCAUGAAGAUGUCCAAGCAAUGAGUGCGUGCUGUCAGGAUAUGACCAGCCGUUUAAAGCUCGCAAAGGAUCAGACACAGGACCUGAUUACCAAAACUACUAAACUUCAAUCUGAAAAUCAGCGUUUGGAGAUCCGGUCUGAGGUGGUGGAUGCUUUCUUGUCCAAGUUUCAACUAAAUGCAGAUGAGCUGAACAUUCUUCGAGGCCCAAGAGAGGGUCCCUUAACAGAGAACUUCUUCAAAGCACUGGGAAAAGUGAAGCUAAUACACAACGAUGUGAAGGUUCUGUUACGAACAAACCAACAAACUGCAGGUUUGGAAAUUAUGGAACAGAUGGCCCUUCUCCAAGAGACAUCAUAUGAAAAACUCUACAGAUGGGCACAAGCUGAAUGCAGAACUCUGACACAGGAGACCUGUGAUAUUUCUCCAGCACAAACACGAGCAAUGGAGGCUCUCCAGGACAGACCUAUACUCUACAACUACACACUGGAUGAGUUUGGAACGGCGAGGAGAAGCGCAGUGGUGCGGGGUUUCAUAGACGCUCUCACCAGAGGUGGGCCUGGCGGGACCCCACGGCCCAUUGAAAUGCACUCCCACGACCCUCUACGAUAUGUUGGAGACAUGUUGGCGUGGUUGCACCAGGCAGCUGCUUCCGAGAAAGAACAUCUUGAGGCUCUGCUGAAGCUCGUAACUUUGCAAGGUGUGGAAGAGAAUAUCCAGCAAAUAGUGGGACACGUCACUGAAGGAGUGUGCAGACCUUUAAAGGUCCGCAUUGAACAGGUGAUAGUGGCAGAGCCGGGUGCCGUGUUGUUAUACAAGCUCUCCAAUCUGCUCAAGUUUUAUCACCACACCAUCUGUGGAAUUGUAGGAAACUGUGCCGCCACUCUGCUGACCACGAUCGAAGAAAUGCAUGUUCUAAGCAAGAAAAUGUUCUUCAACAGCCUGGGGAUUCACGCCAGUAAAUUAAUGGAUAAGGUUGAACUGCCUCCUCCGGACCUGGGACCUACCUCGGCCCUGACCCACACACUGUCCCUCUUGCGUGAAGUGCUUUCCUCUCACGACUCAUCUGUCGUGCCCAUGGAUGCAAGGCAAGCAGAUUUUGUCCAGGUGCUGUCGUGCAUAAUGGACCCACUGUUGCAGUUGUGCACUGUCUCUGCCAGCAACCUUGACACAGCAGACAUGGCGACCUACAUGGUGAACUCGCUGCACUUGAUGAAGACAACUUUAGCUCUCUUUGAGUUUACUGAUAAACGUCUGGAGAUGCUGCAGUUUCAGAUUGAAGCCCACCUAGAUACACUAAUAAAUGAACAGGCCUCCUUUGUACUAACCAGGGCAGGGCUAAGUUACAUUUACAACAACGUCCAGCAACACAAGCCCGAGCAGGGCCCGUUGUCCAUCCUUGCCAACAUGGAUGGUGGAUCCUUGAAAGCUGCCAUGGUGCAGUUUGAUAGGUACCUAUCUUCACCAGAUAGUCUAUUAAUGCCGCAACUGAAUUUCAUUUUGAGUGGAACACUAAAGGAGAAGAUAUUCAAGCGGUCCACGGAGCUGGUCUGUGGAGCCUACAGUGACAUCCACACCGCAGUUCUGAAUCCCACCAACGAUUACAAAGAACCAACAGCAAUUUUACAACGAUCCCCACAACAAGUGCAGACACUUCUGUCCUAACAAAUCCAGGCUGCUCCUGCCUUUCCUCGUCACUAUACAUUUGCUAUUUAGUUCUCCCUUUCAAAUUAACAUUGCAUUUGGUUUUGGUUUAUUGCUUUGAUUAUGAAUUUUUGUUUUCAUUCGAUCUGUGCCUUAAACUAUGUUAGCUCUGAUCAAAAACUAACUCCACAAUUUUCAA